AUGGUAUCAUCAAGAUAUAAUAAUAGAUCACCUUCAAUAGAUGUUAUGAUUAAUACGCCAAUACCUUCAAUAUCUAUUACAAAUAAACCUUCUUCAGGAACUUCACUUUAUCAUACUUGUCGCUCUGUAUUAGACAAAUUAUCUCUUGUUGAGGGCCUGGCCGAUUAUUUAGAAUCUGAAAACUCGCCUUCAGUUUGUUCUAACUCAGGUUCAAGCCUCAACUCCCCUUCUGAAUCACCAGGUUCAACAACAACAACAACAACAACAACAACAACAACAACUACUACUACUACUACUACUACUACUACUAAUGACCCACUUACUAAAUUAUGGGAACUAUGUAGAAGAGGCGCUCCAUUAGUUACAUUGUUUAACGCUUUAAAUCCAACUGAACCACUUAAAUUGGAAUUUAACUUUUCUCAACUUAAUGAAUGUAAAAAAAUGGUUUAUCAUUUUAUUGUUGCUUGUCGUAAUCAACUUUCCUUUAAAGAAGAAGAUUUAUUUACAUUAUCAGACCUUUAUAAAGAUAAUACAAAUGGAUUUGUAAAGGUUAUCAAUACAAUCGAUUUAAUAUUACAAUUAUUUGAACAAAAAGGGAUUCUUUCUUUUUCUAAUUCAGCCAAUAGAGAUUCAUUAAAUAAUACUCCAAAAGAUACAAGAGAUAAAGUAGUUUAUGAAUUAUUAGAAACUGAAAGGAAAUAUGUUCAAGAUUUAGAAGUAUUACAGAAUUAUAUGUGUGAAUUACAGACGCAGGAGAUUUUAAACCCAGAUACAAUUCAUUACUUAUUUGGCAAUUUAAAUACACUUGUUGAUUUUCAAAGAAGAUUCUUAAUCCAUCUUGAAGAGAUAGGAGAAAAGGCAGCAGAAGAACAAAACUUUGGUGAACUCUUUAAUCAAAUGGAAGAACAAUUUACUGUUUAUGAACCUUAUUGUGCAAAUUUCUUUUCAGCUCAAGAUUUAGUCGUUCAAGAAGCGCCUAAAUUACAAAAAUUAGCAAAUAUUUUAAAUCCAGUUUAUGAGUUACCUUCAAUGCUUAUCAAACCUGUUCAACGUAUUUGUAAAUAUCCAUUAUUAUUACAACAAUUAAUCAAAUCAAUGAACCCCGAUUGGCCCCACUAUAAGGAGAUGGUAGAUGGGUUAGAAUCUGUUAAACGUGUGACAGAAAAAGUGAACGAAACUCAACGCGAGUACGAGAAUAGUCUGGUGGUAGAUGAACUCAAGAGUAGAGUGGAGGAUAUCAGUGUUGCUCAAAUGGAUAAUUUUGGAAGUCUUUUGUUGCAUGACAAGUUAAUUAUUCAACAAGGAGAUGAGCCUGAUAAAGAAGUGUACUUUUAUUUCUUUAAAAGGACAAUGCUUUUAUGUAAAAAGACAAGGGAUGUAACGAGGAAACAAAAUCCUCGAAGGAAAGCACGUUUACAAGCAAAGAAAUUAAUUAUGAUUCAUAAAAUCAUUUCUAUGGAUAAUCUGUCAAGUGGAGAAGGGAAUUGGAUACUUCGAAUUGAUUGGAAAGACAUUGAAGUUCAUUAUAUGAUUUUGAAAUUUCAUAACGAAGAACAGGUUAAAUUAUGGGAAUCAACUAUCAAAAGGACCAUGUUACCUAUCAAAUCAAAUGUUUCUAAUACUCAACUUACUUCAAUGAAAUAUGCAGCAAUGCCUUCUAAUGUAUCUGCUUCACUUCGUAUAGAUGAAAAUGAUAUUCAAGAAGAGCAAAAGGAAGACGACCAAGAAGGAGACCAAGAAGAAGACCAAGAAGAAGACCAAACACAAAGACCUCGUUCUAAUUCUAUUUCAACUCAUUUAUUCACAUUCAAUUCUGGAGGAGGAACAAGAGCAAAGAUGAUAUCUCGUACUUCUGAACAACCCUCAUCUAGUAGCUAUAAACCGCGUUAUCUUACCAGAUCCCCCUCUUCUUCAUCCAAUUCAUUUUUACGUACAAGCUCUAGUACAAGCACGCAACAUUCACACACGAAUCAUUAUCCAGUAUCACCUCCACCUUCAAAUCCUUCUUCACCCACAACAUCACCACGCAUAUUACAAUCCAAUAAUUUAGUUCAUCAUCACAUUCCUUCUUCACGUAAAACGAUACGCGACUCUUCACCUUUAGUUGACAUCGCAACUAAAUUUAUAGCAGCUAAUGAUACUAAUAGUGAAGAGUAUCGACAUAAUUUCCCAAUGCCACCUCAACACAUGAAUCGUAGUCAAUCUCAUUCAGUCACUGCUACACCUUAUUAUUACCAACAACAACAGCAACAACAAUUCAUAAUUCCUCCUCGAAUUCGAUCCCAAAGUAGCCCUAAUAUUCAAUAUAAUAAUACUAGGGAAGAAACACAAAUGCCACAGCUACCAUUUAUCAAUUCACGUACACUCUAUCAAACUCCACCUUCACCACCUCAUCCUCGAGUACGACCUAUAGUGAAAAUAAAGUUAAAUUAUAACGAUGGUAUUUAUGUUGUGAUGUGUACAACAAAUAUUCUUUAUUGUGAAUUAAUGGAUAAAGUUGAAAGUAAAAUACGUCUAGUAACUACCUUACAGCCGAAUGAUGGUCUCAGAUUAAAAUAUCAAGAUGAAGAUGGUGAUUUAAUUACUAUCAAUUCAAACGAAGAUGUCCAAAUGGCCUUUGAAAGCAGAGGUAAUCAAAAUACGAUAAAUCUAUUUGUGAGCAAUUAA